CCUCGGCUUGUUCUCCGCAGGUACGUCCCGUCUCAGGCUGACAUAGCAGUGUUCGAAGCGAUCGCUGCCCCACCUCCUGCAGACUUGUUUCAUGCUCUCCGGUGGUACAAUCAUAUUAAGUCGUAUGAGAAGCAAAAGGCGAGCUUGCCAGGAGUAAAGAAGGCUUUGGGGAAAUACGGUCCUGCUGAUGUUGAGGACACAACAGGUGCAGCCACAGAUAGCAAAGAUGAUGAUGACAUUGACCUUUUUGGAUCUGAUGAUGAGGAGGAAAGUGAAGAAGCAAAAGAGCGUCUGGCCCAGUAUGAAUCAAAGAAGUCCAAAAAACCAGCUGUUGUUGCCAAGUCAUCAAUCUUGCUUGAUGUGAAACCUUGGGAUGAUGAGACAGACAUGGCCAAGCUGGAGGAGUGUGUUCGGAGCAUUCAGGCAGAUGGUUUGGUCUGGGGAUCUUCCAAGCUAGUACCUGUUGGCUAUGGUAUCAAAAAGCUUCAGAUCCAAUGUGUUGUUGAAGAUGAUAAAGUUGGGACAGAUAUGCUGGAAGAGAGAAUAACAGCUUUUGAAGAUUAUGUACAAUCAAUGGAUGUAGCUGCUUUCAAUAAGAUUUAAGUCUUGAUAUAUCUAGAAUAAAUGUUGCAAAAAA